AUGCCGCCUGCGCACAGCCAUCUGGACUCCCAACUGGACGCUUAUAUAUCGCGCUUGUCUACUCGUAUUCAUCUGAAACGCCUAGAAAAUCGUUCUGGCCUUAUUCGUGCUCGUCUUGUAGGCGCUGAGCUGGCUACGGGGCAAACUCUCACCUUUCUAGACGCUCAUUGCGAAGUCACUCCAUACUGGCUCGAGGCUCUUUUAGCUGAAAUCCAUCGCAACCGAAGGACAAUUGCAUGUCCUAUAAUAGAUGUUAUUAAUGAGCAUACAUUUGAGUAUAUUCUCGGUGAGUUUUUGGUAGAAGUGCUUAAAUCGUCACGAAAUAUUUUGAUUUUUUUUCAUAAGAAUAGCUGA